GUGUGCAGUGUUUCUUUUCCCCUCUUCUUCGAGGCUCUGCUAAUUCAUUUUCUGUUCAAAUUCAUGGGAACCCGAGACGAUGAUUCAUUUCCCACCGGAAGGAGAGGAAGCCCCGGCAAAAUUUUCAUCGGAGGAUUACCAAGAGAAACAACAAGAGUACAAUUUUUCAAGCAUUGUCAUAAAUAUGGUGAAAUCAAGGAUUCCGUUAUAAUGCUAGACCCGAGAACCGGGAUACCACGUGGAUUCGGGUUUGUUACUUAUGAAAAUCCCUCUGUAAUUGAUAAAGUUAUUGAGGACACUCAUGUAAUUAAUGGAAAACAAGUAGUUAUUAAGAGAACAAAACCAAAGGGAGUUGUUGGGACUAAGGAUUUUAAGACUGGAAGGACUUUCAUUUCUGGAAUUCCUUCAAGACUGACUGAAGAUGAGUUUAAGGACUUGUUUAAACAGUUUGGAGAGGUCAAGGAGCACAGAAUCGUGCGAGAUAAUAAUGCGUUUUGGAUUUAUUACUUUUGGCAUGGAGCAAUCUGUUGAUGACCUCUUAGCCAAGGGGAACAAGGUUGAACUGGAUGGAGGAUCGCAGAUUCUAUUGCAUAAGGUGUAUGCUGGAUGGGAACUUCCUCCUAGGGGAUUCUUCAAGCUCAACUCUGAUGGGUCUUCUGCUGCUAAUCCUGGAAAGGCAGGAGCUGGUGGUAUUAUAAGAAAUGAUCAGGGGGAAUGGAAUGUGGGGUACUCUAGGAAAUUGGGCCAAGCAACCAGUACUUGUGCAGAACUUUGGGGGGUUAGGGAUGGAUUGCAAUUAGCUGUGAAGCGAGGACUUUUUGAUGUUAUUAUAGAAGUGGACUCGCAGGUU